AUGGAACCAAAGGGGAUGAAUAGGAGACUCGACGAUCCUACAAGCCAGGAAGACGCCAUAUCUCGAACAGACCGUCGAGUUGAGGUUCCUAAGCCUUCCAUGUCUCGCAUGCAGGAGGAGUACUUCCUCAACCUGUUCUGGGAAUCACACCACGCCAACAUACCCAUCAUCCAGGAAGGCGAAUUUCGAAAGCUUCACAACUCUUUAUGGAGCGACUCUAGUUCCUAUCGCAAGCCAUCUGCUCUGGUAGACAUCAUCCUCGCCAUCUCGAUGCAGUACGGCUGCGCAUUCCUGCUUCGGGGCUCGGGCGCCAACAGCCGCGAUCAAGAUGAUGCCAGCAUCGCAGGCCGGUGGUACUACCGAAGAUGUCAAACCCUCCUCGCCUCAGAACUGGAAAGCCCUUCGAUUACGACGCUGCAGUGCCAUCUCUUCUCCGUCGUGUACCUCUGCUGCGCAUCCUUCCAGAACAUGGCGCACUCAACCCUCGCCGCCGCCAUGUCCGUAGCGCAAACCCUCGGCUUACAUCUCGAACCACCAGCGUCAAUGCCAAGAGCUGAGAAAGAGCUGCGAAAGAGACUUUGGUGGGCGACAUUCAUCAACGAUUCCAAGACCGCCCUGAAAGUCGGCAGACCGCUCUCGGUGCAAAGGUCUCAGAUCACAGUCUCACCUAUCAGCGACGACGAAGAAGCUGCAUCUUUCUUUGACUCGAGUCUGGGGUCUUAUGACGGAGUGACAUGGCUCACAUACGCCGCUCAGAACCAGAAGCUCAUAAUUGUCUCGACAGAUAUCCAUAAUGCGUUUUACGAGAGAUGCUCUGAGAUUCUCGGGCAAAGCAGUCACUCGACGCCCUACAAGAACUCCAAAGAUCUUGAAUCAUGCGCCAAGUUUAUUACUAGCCAGUUGCCUGCCCUCCAAGCCUGGGCCGACCAAGUUCCCCCCGGUUUGAGGCUUCAACGGCGUGACUCAGGUGCCCCCUUUUCCGCCGACCGAACCCCCAUCCUAAUCGACUCCUGUGCACCACUCUGGCUGCAACGUCACCGAAUCUGCCUCGAACUCAUCUACCACACUCUCCAAUCCAACCUCCACCGACCCUUCAUCAACUUUGCCCCUCCGCCGGGAACAUACACUCCAACUGCAGAACGCCACGCAGUGACCUGCGCAAACCACGCCGCGGCCUACACCCACAUCCUGCACCAGACUCUACAGGAAACAGAUAUCAUGAAUGGCUGGCAAGAGUUCUUCAUCUGGCAGUGGAACGCUACUGUCAACAUGAUCGGUUUUGUGCUUGCAUGCCCUAUCAACGCCGCGACGAGCAGCGUUCGGAGAGCCAUCGACAAGGCCGUCGAGGUAUUUGAGGUUUUCGGCAGCGAUUUUGCUAUUGCUGCGAGUGCGGCAAGUGUGACAAAGAAUCUCACGGCAAAGGCAGACCUAUUGAUGGAUCAACUACGCAGUGGUAUUACCGCUGGUGCUGAGACGGGAGUCGUAGAUGGAGUGGCGGGAAUGACAGUAGGGGAAAGGGAUAACGUCCAGACUGGACAGACCGCCGAAGAAGGCCUGACAGAAUUCAUGGAUUGGGCCUUGACUGUGGACUCGUUUAACAACUUUGAGGACUUGUUUGUUGAUGUGAACAAGUCAAUGGACUUCUGGGGCGUCAACCCUGUUUGA